AUGUCUGACGUGCGCAGUAUGACCACCAGUGAGUCGUGGAAGCCCGAGCGUUGAGGAGUCCCGUUUCCUAACCCUCCUGAAGUGCCCGGAUUCCGAAUAAAACUCAUCGACGCAAUUUUUAAUCAAUAAUUAACGUUAAAUCUCCAAUUAUGACUGAGGAACGAAAGGAAGUUCGUGUGUGGUGCGAUGGCUGUUACGAUAUGGUGCAUUUCGGCCAUGCAAACUCCCUACGACAAGCCAAGGCCUUGGGUAAUUAUUUGGUAGUCGGUGUCCACACAGACGAGGAAAUAUCCAAGCACAAAGGACCCCCCGUUUUCACCCAGGAGGAGAGGUACAAAAUGGUGAGGGGAAUAAAAUGGGUGGAUGAGGUAGUGGAAGGCGCCCCUUACGUCACGACCUUGGAGACACUGGACAAGUACAACUGUGAUUUUUGCGUGCAUGGGGAUGACAUUACGGUGACUGCUGAUGGGGUCGAUACAUAUCACCUUGUGAAGGAGGCUGGUCGAUACAGGGAAGUUCAGAGAACCGCAGGAGUCUCAACGACAGACCUAGUAGGUCGUAUGCUCCUGAUGACCCGUCAGCACUUCAGGCGGGGUGAAAGUGAAUACAGUGUGGACAGAGAGCCGAGCAAAAGCAUGGGGCAGGACAAAACAGCCAGGAGUCCGUGGACCGGCUGCUCGCAGUUUCUUCCGACGACCCAAAAGAUUAUUCAAUUCAGCGAUGGGAAGAGCCCUCAACCUGGCGAUAGAAUUAUCUACGUCGCUGGGGCUUUCGAUCUGUUCCAUGUGGGCCAUCUUGACUUUCUGGAAGUUGCUAAGAAAGAGGGAGAUUACUUAAUCGUUGGCCUACACACCGACCCCGCUGUCAAUAGAUACAAAUACGGAAAUUAUCCUAUUAUGAAUCUACAUGAGAGAGUGCUGAGUGUGCUUGCAUGCAAGUAUGUCAAUGAAGUUGUCAUUGGAGCUCCAUACGAAGUAACCAAGGAACUUAUGGAGCAUUUUAACGUCUCAAUCGUAUGCCAUGGACAAACCCCGAUACCCACCUGUGAAGAUGGUGCUGAUCCCUAUGCAGAGCCCAAACGACAGAAUAAAUUCAAAAUUCUUGACAGUGGUAAUGACAUAACCACAGAAAAAAUCGUUGAGAGGAUCAUUUUGCACAGGUUGGGAUUCGAGGAUAGAAAUUUAAAGAAGGAGAAAAAAGAGUUGGCAGUUUACGAAGUCCACGUCAACUCGCAAAAAAAGGAGACACCAGAAUGCAUAUAAAGAAUAGAGAAAAAUCUCAAUUUAUUUCCUUUAAAUCUCAAAGACAAGAGUUAUUGAUCAUCUCUAAAUUACUGUAAAUAUCUUAUGUCACGAGAGAGAUUACUAGAACAUUUUUUUUUUAAUUUAUUGACAAUGAAAUUUGAUCUGCAAAGUUUCUUUCGAGUUAUCACUCAAAUCGAUCAAAAAAAGACUUGAUUAUUGUAUUACAUAAAUUAAUGAAUAAAUCUAAUGGACACACUUGAGAGAUAUUCUUUCGAAUUAUGGGGAAAGGAAUUUUCAUGAGAUAAAAAAGUACCAAAGAAAACAGUCAAGUGUUCAUUGAAUAAAACUGAAGUCGCUCAAUACUGCUCUACUUUAUUAUUCCAUAAAUUAUCAUACAUUAAAUACUUAGAGAAUUGAAACGGAUGAUGUGAAAUAAAAAUUUCUGUUGUGCACGUGAUAUCUUUCUGUAUGAAUUCCAUGACAAUUCAGUGAAUUUCGUAUGACAGGGAGAUUUGCUACAAUUUUUUCUUACUGAAGAAAUGAUUGAAAUAAAUUGUUUAGACUUUGAAAAUAUUAAUAUGUGAAAACAUUCAUAAUUUUAUAAUUUCAUGUAUUUAAUGAAAAUGGUCAAAAACGUAAAAAAUUGUCAAGUGUUUUUGAAUUUGUGGUUUUUCAAUGGUUUUUUUAAUUCGAAAAAAAAAAAAAUUCGCGAUUUUUUUUUCCAUAAUUUAUAGAUAAUUUGACAUAAAUAAUCGAAUAAGGGAAGAAAUAAAUGUCAGGACAUAUCUCUCUGAUGUUGUAGAUAUCAAUUAAUACUCCUAUUUAAUAUUAAUACAGUACAAUGUCAUUUACUACUAAUGUAAUCAACCUUCGACAAUUCUCACGAGCGUGAAGCAUUCCAGAGUACUUUAAUAGCCCGAAGACACGAAUGCUUGACCAUGAAAAACGUCGAUAUAAUUUCCUGAUUGCACACCACAGGAAAAUUAUCAAAACGGACAAUUAUCCCCAUGAAGAGGAAUUCUCUCGGAAUUGCUGUGAACUUCUGAAAUUUUUCUGUUGGUGUGCAAAGAAAUAAAUACGGCAAAUGAUAAGAUA